GAGGAUUAAAACCAUUCCCCCUAUGUUUGUCUAGAGAAAAUCCGAAGAUAUAUUCUUUCUUGUCCAGUAAAAGCCAUGCCUCCUUCACGUCCCCUUACCCCACCACCGGAAGAUCCACGCCCAACAGAGUCGACAGACAUUGCUAAUCUUACUGAAGAGGACUGCAGACAAGCUUUGGUUGAUUUCGCCUCCAAGACCUGUUGUUAUAGUUCAAAACCAGCCAGAGAUAUGACCAUCACUCAUCACAGUGGCCAUACUGCCUUUUGUUAUAGCUUAGAAACUUUUACUGAAGAUAGAACAACGAAAACAAAGCGCGUACCCUAUAAAGGUGGUCCUGUAAAUGAUUCUUCGACCCAAUCUAAUGAUAUAAACUGUGGAGAAAACAGCAUGUUUGAAAACCAUACCAUGACAAUAGAAGUUCCUCAAUCAGCAAAAAUACAGUCAUGUCAGGAUUGCUUAUCAAGAGGGUAUUUCAACUGUUCAGAAUGUGGAGGUGGCGGUACAAAGAUGUGUAUCUUUUGUGCAGGCACGGGUUACAUGAAAGCUUCUGACUUUCUAGUGGGUCGGACCUACGAGGACAUAUGUGGGUGGUGUAGAGGCUUUAAAACAGGAAGAUGUGAAGUAUGUUUGGGCACAGGGAAAAAAAUCUGUACCGAAUGUGAGGGUUACAAAGAAAUAAAAACAUAUACAGAGAUGACCAUUAUAUUUAAAAAUCAUAUUUCCAGACACGUAAUAGACUGCUCGGAUAUGCCACGGCACUUAUUGAAAAAAGUAAAUGGAAAUUUACAGAUCCACGAAGUUCAAGAUCAGGUAUAUCCAAUAUCAUCAUAUCCAGUCCACGAAGUCAAUACUAUUUCCACCAGACUCGUUAACGAGCAUAUAGAAGCCUUCCCCAAUGGAAACAUUCUAAAGCAGAGACAACGGUUGCAAGCUGUACCUGUGACAGAAGUCCACUAUUUAUGGGAGAACGAGCAAGCAUGCUUCUGGAUCUAUGGACUGGAACAAGAAGUCUAUGCCCCUGACUACCCCACUCAAGGGUGCUGGGGGUGCAUUAUCUUGUAAA